AACCAUUAUCCCUCCCUUAAGCAUAUGUUUGAUGACUCUUUUUGAUAAUAAUUUUUAUGCUUUUUAACAACUUUUGUGAUCUUUUUGUAUUAAUUGUGAUUUAUUUUUGAUUGGUAUUAAUUUAUGAGCCACUUAAGCAGUAUUUUCCGCUAUGUCAUGAUCAUUAUUCCACCUUUAUUUCGAUGUUGUGCGAAAACACAGCUCAGAUUCAUAUGAGAUGACAAAGUUUUAGUUUAUUUUGUUCAUUGUGAAGUUAAUCGUAUCACCAUUGGUAAAUUUCACCGUUUUUACUUCAAUUGUUUAUUGUUGUCGAUGUAUUUUCUUCCAUUUUGAAUUAUUAUUUUACCUGAUCGUAUUUUUUGAAUUCCUUUCUAAUCAAAAAUUAUGUCUACGGUUUAACAUUGCGUUCCAAUCCGAUUACCAUCAAUAUUAUGUUCAAAGAUUAACGAGACUCGAGUACAAUUUGGUGGUCAUAUAUGGUCGCAACUUAUUACUUAAAUAAAGUCAGAGUAACUAAUGGUCAAAAGAUUUAUUUGGAGGAUCUGAAACUUUUAUCUGAAAUUGUUAAACUGACAUGAUACUUCUGACUUUGAAUUUCUAUUAUGAUAAAAACUGAUCUUAAUCAUUGCCACAUGAAUUGAUGACGAUUCAGGUUCUUUCAGAGUAACAUGGAAAAGUAACAACUAUUCUGAUCAACUGUGAACUUAUUGGUAUCUCAACGCUUAUAUCUGUGUAAAACUAGUAAUUUUAAGUACUCGUAAACCGUUUGGUGCAAAGAUCAUGGAAAUUAGGUUAUCAAAGCUGCGAUUCUUAAUCCUGUUUCUUCAUUGUGUCACUGUUUUACAUAUUAAUUCACAAUGGACACAAUUCCAGGUCAUUGCUGACGUUUGUCGUGCCUACUUCAAUGUUUCCAACUCCGCUUUGGACUUAACCGUAACAAUCUGGUAUCCCGUCUACAUGGCUGGUUGUUUCAUAUCAGCUAUCUGUUUGGACAAAAUUGGAAUAAGAUUCUGUAUUUUAAGUGCUUCUCUGGCUAACCUUCUAGGUUCGGGUAUCAAAUACCUUUCCAUUAUUUACACAAACUUCGUUCUUGUUUGUUUCGGCCAAGCUUUAGCUUCUGUUGGUCAAGUUUUCACUUUUUUCUUACCGGUUUGUAUUGCUUCAACUUGGUUCCCAGCAGAGAUAGCUUCAACCAUUACAGCAGUUGCGCUUUUUCCCAUUUACAUUGGAGGUGGUCUGGGUUACCUUUUACCUACAGUUCUAGUUCCCAAUGAUACUAAACCAGAGGUUCAGGAAGCUGACUUGAAACGAUUUCACCUCAUUUUUACUGUUUCGGCUGGCAUAAUUUUUUUCAUGAAUUUAAUCUUUUUCAAAAAUAAACCUAAAUAUCCGCCAAGUCUUGCUUCAGUCAAAGCUUCUGUCAACGCAACCGGAUUUUUUAGCGCUUGGAAAUCCAUCAUCACAAAUCGGAACUCUAAUUAUAUUUUGAUCAGCUAUACUUUACUCCAAUCAAUAACUAACGUCCUUCUUUCAUUAUUGAGUCCAAUGAUGGAGAGAUAUUUUCCUGGAGAUAACUCUUUCAUUGGUAUCACAGGAGCUGCUGUUGCAGUUUUAAGUAUCCCUGGGUCUGCUACAUUGGCUUGGAUAACCGAUAAAACCCGAAAGUACAAACUGAUUACCCUGGUCAUAUGUUUAUUGCUGUUUCCAUUAUUUGGAUUGUUCAUCUUUUCAUUGGAAAUCAAGAAUAAGAUCGCAACUUUUCUUGUAACUCUUUGUCUUGGCCUUGUUGUAGAAGGUACUUACCCAAUCGGAAUGGAUUUCAUUGUCCAGGCUAACUAUCCGAUGUCAGAAUCCAUUUGCGCCACUCUUCUUAUGUUCUGUAAUCAAGGAGUCAGUUGGGGUUCAACCGAGGCAAUAUCUUAUCUUCUGCACAAUUAUAAUUUAUUAUACAGUUUUGCUCCUAUUGCUUUAAUGCUGGUGAUAGCUCUAAUUUCAGGCUUUUUUACCAAAGACACUCUCAAUCGUGAUGCUGCGAAUGCCGAAUCUUCCACUUUAUCUUCGUCAGCACCCAGUCCGAACUAUUCAUCUACCACACUUGAGUAAACAAGUAAAUUCUAGUCAAAUAUUUCACCAUAUGCAUAACUCUUGCAAAUCUGAUAUUUUUAACGAGCUCAAAGCAAUGAUUAUUUUUCAAAAAGCUGUUAUCAGUUUCACAUCGGAAAAUUUGCCUUAUAACUGUUGGAAUUUUCAAUAUUACAUUAUUUUUAAUAUUUAUUGCCAACUUUCAUCGCUUUUUAUAUUGUAAACCAUCUUUAGAUGAUAUUUAGCUCUUGUUACAUUAACUUUGCUCAACAUAUCUAUUUUAUGAGAAAAUGUAAAUAAUAUGACGAACAAUGAUAGAUAUGUUGGAAAUAUCAUUACAAACAAGUCAUUAAAAUCUAAAUUCAUGAUGCAAAAAAACCUUUAAAAA